AUGCUUGAGCCAAGUGAUCGAGUCAACGAGCUGUAUGAAAAUGCGAGUAAAAGUGUCGAGCAAACAUUUGAAAUAAGCGCACCCAUCAUUCGUUACUUUCGGACGAUGGAGACAAUGAACAAGUACCAGAAACUCUUCGUCGAUCAACGCAGAUUUGUGGAAGCGUACGUUUUGCAAAUCAAAAUUGGCGUUUUAUUCCUCAAACACGUCAAGCAGCACCCUGAGUUUUUGACCUUCAAAGCUUCCAAUUCUAGCAUAGUCAGUAAUGGAAGAAAUCAAGCAAAAGAAGCGCUCAAUCUGGCCGAAGUCACAAAAUCGAAAUUACUCGACAUUUUCGCCAAGGAAAAAGUCGCUUUUGAUGAAACUCAAAAGCGCCUCGCCGCCGAAGCAGAAAUGGAACGCGCGAAACAGGAAAUGUGGGUGCUGGAAAAUGAGCGUAGAGCGCUGGAACAAGAAAGUUCGACGAUUGACACGGAAGGUUUCAUUCCUAAAGAAACAUCGACACCUGUUGAUGCUGCUGAUCAUAAUCUGCCUCCACCGCCUUAUCAGGCCGAACAAGGACAUCCUCAAGUUCCAGACAGAUCUACCAAGCCUAGAAGCUCAUCCACAUCAACAGCAUCUUCAUCUGUUAAUUCUAUAGUUCCUGGAUUGAAAAUCAUCGCUCCUUCCGCCAAUGCUCGAUCAAUUCAUCAGAAAGUAACAGUUCCUGCUCUCCUUGGCCCCGAAUUCCUGAAAUACGCGUUCGUCAAUUCUUCACAAAAUAUCGAAACGAUUGGAAUGCUCUUUGCGAAAAGUCUUCAAGGAAGAUUUCAAAUUACCACUUGUCUUCUGCCGAAGCAAAAGGGAACGCACGAUUCUUGCACGACGACGAAUGAGGAGCAGAUUUGGGAGUUCCAAUCGCAACAUCCUGAAUUAAUCAUGCUCGGCUGGAUUCACACACAUCCAGACUAUCAAGCAUUCCUGUCUUCUGUUGACAUGCACAACCAGUACUUGUACCAGAGUCUUUUGCCCGAAGCUUUGGCACUAGUCGUUUCUCCAAACUACAAAGAAAUCGGAGCUUUUCGGCUGACAGAAACGGGCCUGACUGUAAUAGGCAACUGCAAAGAAAAAGGCUUCCACCCCCACAACAAAAACCCACCGCUAUUCGAAGCUGCUCCAAAUGUUGAAUACCUAAACUCGCCUAUCGAAAUGGUCGAUCUGCGAUCUUGA